AUGCCGGACGCCGCCGCCCACCUGCCCUUCUACUAUGGCAGCAUCGCGCGCUCGGAGGCCGAGGAGCACCUGAAGCUGGGCGGGAUGGCGGACGGGCUGUUCCUGCUGCGGCAGUGCCUGCGCAGCCUGGGCGGCUACGUGCUCUCCAUGGUGUGCGACCUGCAGUUCUACCACUACCCCAUCGAGCGCCAGCUCAACGGCACCUACGCCAUCCUGGGGGGCAAGGCGCACUGCGGCCCCGAGGAGCUCUGCGAGUUCUACUCCAAGGACGCUGACGGGCUCUGCUGCCCCCUGCGCAAGCCCUGCAACCGCCCCAGCGGCGUGGAGCCCCAGCCCGGUGUCUUCGACAGCAUGAGGGACAACAUGGUGCGGGAAUAUGUGCGGCAGACCUGGAAACUGGAGGGGGAUGCCCUGGAACAGGCCAUCAUCAGCCAGGCUCCCCAGGUGGAGAAGCUGGUGGCCACCACAGCCCACGAGAGGAUGCCCUGGUACCACGGCAACAUCAGCAGGGAAGAGGCGGAACGGAGGCUCUACUCAGGGGCACAGCCUGAUGGGAAAUUCCUGCUGAGAGAGAAGAAGGAGAACCGUGCCUAUGCCCUGUCCCUCGUCUAUGGCAAGACCGUGUAUCACUACCGGGUGGACCACGAUAAAUCUGGCAAAUACUCCAUUCCUGAGGGCACCAAAUUUGACACACUCUGGCAGUUGGUGGAGUACUUAAAGCUCAAACCAGACGGGCUGAUUUUCUACCUGAGGGAAGCCUGCCCCAACCCCAACAUGCCUGCCUCUGCAGCACCAGUUCCACCCACCCACCCCUCCGUGAGCAGAAACCUGGGCCCUCUCAAUGCAGAUGGAUACACCCCAGACCCUGUUGGGGCAGGAAAAUCCCGGCUGCUGCCCAUGGACACCAGUGUCUACGAGAGCCCCUACAGCGACCCCGAGGAGCUGAAGGACAAGAAGCUGUUCCUGAAGAGGGACCACCUGAUGAUUGAUGAGGUGGAGCUGGGUGCAGGAAACUUUGGCUGCGUCAAGAAGGGAGUUUACAAAAUGAGGAAGAAGCAGAUUGAUGUGGCCAUCAAGGUGCUGAAGAGCAACAACGAGAAGACAGUGAAGGAUGAGAUGAUGAAGGAAGCUCAGAUCAUGCACCAACUGGACAAUCCCUACAUUGUGAGAAUGAUUGGGGUGUGCGAGGCUGAGUCGCUGAUGCUCGUGAUGGAGAUGGCUUCUGGAGGGCCCCUCAACAGGUUCUUGGCUUCCAAGAAGGACGAGAUUACAACGAGCAACAUCGUGGAGCUGAUGCACCAGGUGUCCAUGGGCAUGAAGUACCUGGAGGAGAAGAACUUUGUCCACAGGGACCUGGCAGCCAGGAACGUCCUGCUGGUCAACCAGCACUAUGCCAAGAUCAGUGACUUUGGGCUCUCCAAGGCUCUGGGAGCUGAUGACAGCUACUACAAGGCCAGGACAGCAGGGAAGUGGCCCUUGAAGUGGUACGCCCCCGAGUGCAUCCUCUUCCACAAGUUCUCCAGCAAGAGCGACGUCUGGAGCUACGGUGUGACCAUGUGGGAGGCCUUCAGCUUUGGGCAGAAACCCUACAAGAAAAUGAAGGGCCCUGAGGUAAUCAGCUUCAUAGAGCAGGGCAAGCGCAUGGACUGUCCCCAGGAGUGCCCAGCAGAGAUGUACUCCCUGAUGCAGCAGUGCUGGACAUACAGAUGGGAAGAACGUCCAGGGUUUGUGGCUGUGGAGAACACCAUCCGCUCCUACUACUACAGCAUUGCUGCCAAGCCCGAAAAUGGGCCAGACACAGGGGACAGGGCCAAAGCAGCUCUGCCCUGA